UAAACCGUGAACACUUGUCUCCCCUUUAAGAAGAACUGGUUGUCCGUGUUGUGCCAUUAACCCUCCUCAACCAUGACCGCCACCCUAUCAGAGCAAGUUGCUGUCGAGCAGCUUGGGCCUGGAGAGUAUGUCUCCAAACUGUGCCCAAUCCGGAUGGGCAACUCCAUGCCCAUUGCGUACGGAGGUUGCACCGCAGCUGUCGCUGUGAGCGCGGCUUGCUCAACCAUCCCGGAAAACCUCUCGCUGUACUCAGUCCUCGGCCACUUUCUCGGACCUGCGUCAAUCGAUCAAAAACUUUACUGCAGUGUAACCAACACCAGAGACACCAGGUCAUUCGCCACCCGACGCGUCCAAGUCAAGCAGAAACAACCCGACGGCCAGUUUCGCGUUUGUCUCGAGCUUAUUGCCGACUUUCACGUCCAGGAACCGUCCUCGCUCACCUAUUCGGCGCCUCCCGAGUCCACAUGGCCUGGACCUGAAGAUUGUCCAACCGCUCAGGCGCAUGCGGAGGUUUUGAAGGCUAGAGGAGUAGUCACCGAGAGCCAGUACCAAGAUUUCGUCAAAUCUUUUGGGGUGUCGGAAAAGUUCUUUGAGACGAGACAUUGCGUCAAUGGAGUCGCUGGCCAGACCCUAGCCGGUGCUUCCAAGCACACCAUUACGACGCAGGAAGCGCGACACAUUACUGCCAAAACAUCGGCAGAAUGGCAGAGAGCUAGGGAAUCGCUUUCAUCACCUGCCCAGAACCUGGGGGCCCUGUCUUUCCUUAUGGACGGGGGGCUUUCCUUUUUGCCUCUGACACACAAUCAUCUGUGGUUCGAAGACGUGGCGGCUUGCUCGACCCUGGAUUUCGCCCUGCGUGUUUUUACCCCAGAGGUCAAGAUGGAUGCGUGGCAUCUCAGAGAGAGGACAACAUCCCGUGGCGGCAGCGGGCGAACAUUCUCAGAAGGGAAGCUUUGGGAUGAGCAGGGCAACAUGGUUGCUUCCAUGAGCCAGCAGUCGAUUAUGCGAAUGAAGAAAGGAUUUGAGUUAUCCAAGUUGUAAUCGGGUGGCGAUCUUUUUCAGAGCCCGGGGCGGCGUCUCUCCAGGUGCUUAUUUAGAUCUUUGCAAUGCGCGCCGGUUAUUUGCUUCUUGUACACGGUUUGAGCUUUGGGACUUUAGAGUACGAUGUAGACCAUUAGAUGAGAUCACUAGAGGAGUAACGGUGAUGUGAUAAUCGAAC